AAAGAAUUGGAGAAUCAACAAGAGAUUAAUCCUGGUGAUGCACUAUCAAUAACUCCAAAAAACUGGAAGUAGAAUGAAGCCUUUUGGAAACCUACAUCACCUGCUGCAUAUGUUGAAAGACAAGUGCCACAGGAGAGACAUCAACAAAUGGGAGCUUGUGUUUGUUGCCUUCCUGUUGCUUAUGAUCCUUUGCUUGCUGAACUUCGCAGUUGUCCAAACAGUGUGCAAAUCAGCAGAGCUUCCUCCCAGUAAAAACAAACACUGGAAAAAUCAGCAAACCCCAACCUGUGAUGAUCCUUGCAGGUUUGUUCUCAUUGAGACAGUCCCUGAUGGGUUGGUCUAUGCUGAAAAUGCUUCAGGAUAUCAAUCGAUAUACAACUCCUGGAUGAACCUCAUAAAUAUGGCAAACAGUAGCCUUGACAUUGCCUCUUUCUAUUGGACUCUUACUGGGGCUGAUAUAAAUGUGACUGAUCCCACCUCCAAAUAUGGUGAAAUCAUACUUGAUGAGCUUGGGAAAUUGCCUUUAAGGAGAGUCAAUGUGCGUGUGGCAUCGAGCAUGUUGAAAUUCCCACAUCAAGAGUCAACUGACCUUAAAAUCUUGAAAGAGAAAGGAAUUCAAAUCAGGAAUGUGAAUUUUCAAAAAAUAAUGCAUGGUGUUCUUCAUUCAAAGCUCUGGAUUGUUGAUAACAAACAUUUAUAUAUUGGGAGUGCUAAUAUGGAUUGGAGAGCAUUAACUCAGGUUAAGGAGCUAGGUGCUGUGGUUUACAAUUGCAGUUGCCUUGCCAAUGAUUUCGCCAAAAUAUUUGAAGCUUAUUGGAGUCUUGGACUGCCAAAUGCCACCAUCCCUACACCAUGGCCACCUUCUUAUUCCACAAACUUUAACAAAGAUACACCUCUUGACGUAAAACUGAAUGGAACUGCUGCAAAGGCGUACUUCUCAAGUUCUCCUCCAAUGCUGUGUCCAAAAGGCCGGACUACUGACAUUGACGCUAUACUCAGUGGCAUUAAUGCUGCAAGGAAGUUUCUGUAUAUUUCUGUCAUGGAGUAUUUUCCGACAUCACGUUUCCUGCGACAUGUAUUAUACUGGCCUCUUAUUGAUGACUCACUGAGGAAAGCAGCGAUUGAACGGCAUGUUCACAUCCAGUUGUUGGUUGGUUACUGGAAGCAUUCAGAUAAAUCCAUGCUGGCCUACCUUCAGUCUCUGCAGGCUCUAAGAAAUAUCAAGAAAGUCCACUUUGAUGUGAAAAUCUUUAUUGUUCCUUUGGGGAAGUUUAGCAAGAUUCCUUAUGCAAGAGUGAGCCAUUCCAAAUACUUUGUAACAGAAAAUAUUGCAUAUAUAGGUACUUCAAAUUGGUCUUAUGACUACUUCAAUACUACAACUGGCAUCGGUCUGCUGAUAAAUCAGACUUCAGAAUAUAAAGAAGAGGCUGAUAAUACAAUUCAUCAUCAGUUAAAAAGUCUAUUUCAAAGAGACUGGAAUUCCAACUAUUCCAUCACCUUGGAUGAUUUGGAAGAAGAUCUUUUGUAUUAA